CCAAUGAUGACUAACGGACAGGGAAAUGUCAAGAUCUGAAUGGGUGAUAUGGGCCAAGCGAAUCUCGCAUGUGAAUCAUCAGCAGGGCCUAAACAAAGCUCCACUUUCCUCUGUUAGUCUCGACGCAAUGGAUUUCACAGCCUAUAGAAGUGAAGAGCAGAAGGAGGGGCAGAGAAGGGGAGGGAAAGAGGAGGGACCUGUUGGCUCCUGCAGUGGAGGUCAGGGGAGUAGCUGCGGGACUCCAACUUUUAGAACAAUCAAUUUCUCCUAAGAGACAGUGGGAGCCGGACUGGAGUGGAUGGCACGGGACGUGGAUACGCAAAUGUUGUAACGUUGAACGGGACUGGGCUUUGGAGAUAAACCUGUGGAGUUUGAAAGCUGGAAUACAACCAACUUUUAGCUUGGGGCACUUGACAAACUUGAGAGGAGACCAUCUCUGAGGAAAAGCAGACACACAGGCCAGUCCGGAUGGCAGGCGCUUGGGGGUCAGCCUGCACUGGACUCCGGCUCUAGCAGCCCACUGGGCCCUCACUUCAACUAGGAACAUUUCACAGCAGGACGUGUGCCCAUGAGGUCGUUGACACUGGUCCUGCUCUUCCUGAUCAGCGUCCAGGCUGCAUUCAACAUGGGAGGCCACACGCAAGCGCAGGGGCCAGCCAAUCAGCAUGCAGCAGCAGAACGUUCACCCAGGUCUCCCGGCCAUCCCAAACAACAGGACACACACUACGAUGAUGAGAUUCCCACCGUGGACCCCAAAAUCUUCAACAAGCGGCGAUACCGCUCACCUCGCGUGCUCUUCAGUGAGGUGAUCCCUCCGGAGGGAGAAACGGGAGCCUCCAGGCGCCCACGUUUUCGCCGGAGGGCUAAUGAGUUUUUGCAUCGUGGCGAGUACUCCGUGUGUGACAGCGAGGAACACUGGGUCGGCAACCUGACCCGUGCCACAGACUUGGCGGGCAACGAAGUCACGGUGCUACCGCACGUUCGCAUCAACAACGUGGUUAAGAAGCAACUGUUCUACGAAACCACGUGCCGUGUGUCGAAACCCAGCGGGUCCCCCAAGCCGGGUCAGGGCGCCAGUGGCGUUAAAGCUGGCACCUCGAGCUGUCGUGGUAUCGACCACAGGCACUGGAACUCUUACUGCACCAACACGCACACCUACGUGCGGGCGCUGACGUCCUACAAAAAUCAGAUCGCCUGGAGGUUCAUCCGAAUCAACGCUGCAUGCGUGUGCGUGCUCAGCCGCAACUCGUGGAGGCUCUGACUGAUAAACUGACUGGUGUCUCGGGCCAACCCGCUACAGCCUCCCGUUCUACAUCCCUCCCAUCUGUCGACCAUAACAACCUUACUGCCAACAACGGUGUACGAGAGCCCGCCCCUUGUCUUUUCUCUUUAUGACAUCGCAACCCAGUCCCCUCCUACCCUACCUCACUCUGUAAAUUAUUGGUUAAGUUAUGAGGACUGCAUGACAUAUUUAUAUAGUUUGUACGGUCAGAAUAUAAAUAUAUAUAUAAAUCUAUAUAAAUGUGUAUAUACAGUAUACAUAAGCAAGCUUUGUUUGUGUUGUUGAUGCUUUUAUUUAUUAAACACCUCACUUGUGUAUGUCAAUGCAAGACUGAUUUCUAUUCUAUUCUCGUUUGGUAUUCAGAAAUAAUUAUUACAGUGUGCUGUCUAUUAUUUAAAUAUGCAAUAAAAUUUCAGUUUAAAGCGACGAAGAGUUUAACUGAUGGAAAUAAGC